CUCCCCCCAAUUUGUAUCUCGUUGGAGUGGCCCUCCACUCACUCCAUGACAGGCGCCAAGGCCUGCUCUUCUUCUCCUUCUUCUUCGUUUUCCUCCUCCUCUUCAAACUCGUCGUCGUGGGCAUCGUCUAACACAUUUUCUCCGGCGGGACGACGCAUCGACGGUGGUCGCGAUCUCAAAUUACCAAUACGACCAAUGUUUCGGGCAGCAUUAUUAUCACGGUCCACAACUAUAUCUAUUGAAGCUCUCUCACUGUUUCACAAACUUUUUGUAUACACGAUAGAAAGUAACAAAGCCUAUAUUACGUACCAGCGUUUUGACGGUCGUUGCAAGUCGAUGUUGGCCAAAGGUUAUGGCCGUCGUCAUCCACACACCAGAGCUGCCGUCGGGCAUUGUUCCUGUGUCCAUCGUCUUCAGCACGUUCGCGGAUCCGACGAAUUCUCCGCUUUGUGUGCUCGCGGCACACUUGAACACUUCCUGGACGGUCUCGAAAUUGACGCGUGUUCGCAUCGCAAGCACUGCACACAACACUGGUUCGAUACUCAUCGAUGA